UUUAUUCCAUGUUGAUUGUCGAAAGAUCUACUGUCAAUGUCAGUUAAUUUCGUUACUUUAUUAAUAAAAUUCUAAUUAUUUGUUGUUAAUAAAUAAUAAACAAGUUCGAAAAACAGUUUGAUGUGCUCGGACCGUUUAACACAAAAAAUGAGUCGUAUUUAUAUAAAGAGUGCCAGAUGCUUUCCAAACGAAUGCUACAUUUGCAAAUCGAGAGAAAAUUUAAGAAGAUGCGAAUGCAACACGAUUUCUUACUGUUCAGAGGAUCAUCGCCAACAACACCUAUCGAUACACAAAGAUUUUUGCAAAGUAGUAAAAGAAUUGUUAAAAAUAAAAGGAAUCACUCACAUUUUUGAAGAGCUUAUUCACAUAUAUGAUCCCGAAUGGACUACAAAAAGAGAAGAACUCCAUGAGGAAAUCAUAAAGAAACUGGGAAGAAGUUUGAGUCCACUGGAGAAUUUUAUGUUUUAUAAUCCACGAAUUUGUUUCGCUUGUCACGAAACAAAACAAGAGGAUUUAAUUAAUUGCCCGCAUUGUCCAAUAGCGAGCUUUUGCAAAAAACACGAAAAAAAUGAAACUCAUAAAGAAUAUUGUAAAGUAAUGAAUACAUAUUUAAAUAUAUUGACAACGGCCGAGAAAUUAAACAUUGAUUUAGAUUUUCUGUCCUUUGGCUAUCCAUUUUGUUCCGAAGAGAAAGAUCAGUACCAAGAUUAUCUGACAAUAACGUUUGCAGUGCAAGAAACCGAGUUUGAAGUGGAAAAAUUUUAUAAAAAAUCGAAAUUAUCUAAAAUCGAUCGAAUUGAUUUUAUUGACGUUGCUUCGAAAAUUAAUAACGUUUUACAAAAAACACACGACACGAUUCCAGAAGAAGUGACAAUCCACAUCGAAGCCCUUACCUAUGACCACGCAAUCACAAAAGAAAAUUAUUGGGAAUUUCUUUUGCAUCUAAAUCCACAUAUAAAAAAGUUAAAAAUUGUUAUAAUUACAACUCAAAAUAGGUCCAAUUUAGAGACGUCUCUUUGUCAAAAUUGUCAUUCAGAGGGAAAGGAUUUGAACCUGGAAAUUUUGGCAAAAUCUUACGACGUUUUCAUGUUGGAUGAAAAUUAUCAGAAACCAGAUAUUCUGUUUUACGUGAAAAUCGUCAAUGAAUGUAAUUCUGAAAAAUUAAAUAAGUGGAGUGAGUUUAGUUUUCCAGUUGUUUUGCGAUUUGAAUCAGAUUCGAUUUUUUGUGAAACACAACAUUUUGUCUUCUCUUCGACAACGAAGUUUCGAUUUAUUCACGAAGGACAAUUGAAGACACCAUUCAGUACAUUAUCCUCAAUUGAAAACCAAGAUUACUUUAUAAUUUUGCAAUCAAAGGAGAACAAAGUACUUGAAAAAUCAUGUGUUACAGUAACAGACGAAAUCUGCGAGGAAAAAAGCGGGACAAACACGACUGAAACUGUUUUAGUUGAAAAUAUUAAUUCCGAAAUUCUAAAAUGUGGGAAUAUUGCAGAUGCUUCUAAAGUUACUCAGUCAGAACCAAAGGACAAGCCCGCCACUUCUUCCACUGAGUCAAACGGAAAUAUACAAACAAACGGUAUUGAAAUCGAAAAAAAUCCCACUAACGAAGAAGUGGAAAAUAAGAAUUCCAGUAAUUUAACAGUACCUGAAGUUCAUACAUCAAAUGCUGAACAAAAAUCCGAAGAUCGUAGAACAAUAUCUCCAUCGACAUCAGUUUGUUCUUUUGUAAUUAUUUCAGAACCCGGAGAAGUGGAGAAAGAAAAAAAAGAAGAGGAAGUUGAAAAAAUACUGCGAUUGAGAAUUCCAAACGCGAAGAAAAUAGUUGUUCAAAAUCAAUCGACAAAGAUGAAUCUUUAGAGACAGAAGACGACGAGCAGAAGAAUAACGAAAAAAAUAAUACGGAAUUAAUAGAAAAGCGCAUAGAGGAAGGAGAAGAACAAAAAAAUGAUAAAGACCUUCGUGUCAAUUUGGGAAAUUUCAAAAAUUCUCAAACUAAUUUUUCCCAAUCAUUUCUGAUCGAUCACAUUUCAUAUCUUAAUAAUGAAAUCGAUGAGUUACGAAAACGAUUAAAUGCA